AUGACAAUUUGACCAAUGAAUUACACGUCGUAUUUGUCAUUCGUUCUUGUACUUAAAAAUGACACAUAAUUUUGUCUUUUGUGUACCAUUAGCAAUAUUUUUCGAUUUGUGCAUAUUAUAGUUUAAUUAAUUGAUCUUCUUUAAUGUACUAUUGUUUGUUAAAAGUAUUUACUUAAAACCUAUUCCAGUAAUAGUUGGUAUGUAUUACACAUAACAAUUGUCACACUAUUAAAUAAACAUUUGUUUCGAGUAAUUAUUAGAAAAUGGCACGACCAGAUAAUAUUGAUGCUUUAGAAAGGCAAUUAGCUGAUUUACAAAUGAGCAAAGAUUAUUAUACACCAGGAAGAGCAAAAAAGAUACCACCUGCUGUACCACCAAAAAAGAAGGCUCAACCACAAGUUCCUCACAGUGCUGUUGUUAACACACUUCGUGAGCCUUCAUACUCUAUGAAAAUUUCCCCAUCUUUUAAUAACAACAAUCUGACAACCAAUCAUGUUUUAUCCAGUAAUAAUAGAAAUCGACCUACAUAUAAGGAAUAUGCGAAUAUAAAGAGCCCUCAGCCAUUACCAAAUUACGCAACGAAACCGGAUUUGCUGUCAUCACCAAAAAGUUUUAAUUCAACGUAUAGUAAUGUUCUGCCAUAUCGAAAUAACGACAAUGAUUUACCACCGCCACCGCCACCGCCACCGCCGCCACUUCCUCCAGCACCAUCUCUUUUAAAUACCUAUUCUAAAUCGUAUGCCAAUAAUAACGAAGAAUAUUUACCACCGCCGUCUCCAGUCAGUUCUAAUUAUAGCGAAUUGGUAAGAGCAACUACUAAUUAUAACCACGAUAAAACAUUUCAACAAGAAAGACCCUAUGCUCAUAUAUACCAAAACGAAUAUCCAGAAUAUGGAGGUUCACAGACAUCAACAUAUGAAUCUUUGUAUGAACCAAUAAAUAUUCGUCCUCCUAGCAGCCCUUCUUCGCAAACUGGAAAGUCUGUUCAUAAUUAUGAGAACAAUUUAUCAAGUUCUAGCAAAUCACAAACACAUAAAGAGGAAGAAGUUGAUGCACUCACUAAUCUUUUAGUGAAAUCAAUAUCUGAUAGCCAAGACCUGGAUAUUUUUGGAAUUUGCAUAAAAUGCAAUGAAAAAGUUAUAGGUGAAAGUUCUGGAUGUACAGCUAUGGAUAAUAUGUAUCACAUAAAAUGUUUCUGUUGCUACCAAUGUAAUGUUAAUUUACAAGGCAAACCCUUCUAUGCUGUUGAAGGUCAACCCUUCUGUGAAAUGGAUUAUUAUGAAACACUAGAGAAAUGUUCCGUAUGUUAUAAACCUAUUUUAGAUAGAAUUCUACGAGCGACAGGGAAACCUUAUCAUCCCGCUUGUUUUACUUGCGUAGUGUGUGGUAAAAGUCUAGAUGGUAUUCCAUUUACUGUUGACGCAAUGAAUCAAAUACAUUGUAUUGAUGAUUUCCAUAAAAAGUUUGCCCCGCGCUGUUGUGUUUGUGAGGAACCUAUAAUGCCCGAAGAAGGAGAAGAAGAAACUGUUAGAGUAGUUGCUUUAGAUCGCAGUUUCCACGUACGUUGCUACCGCUGUGAGGAUUGUGGCCUUUUGUUAUCCUCCGAUGCCCCAGGGCGCGGUUGUUAUCCACUUGAUGGUCGUAUUUUGUGCAAGAAUUGUAAUGCUCAUCAAAUACGUCUCCUCACUAAUGUUAUGACUACUGAUUUGUAAGAUGUAUUGACAUACGUAUAAUAGAUAUAUUUUUACAUAAAAUUAAUUUUAAAAGUAAGGUAAAAAUAUCAUUGUUCUAAUGUAACACCUAUAACCCAUAUGUAAAAAAUAAAAGAUAUUCAUAGAUACAAAGUAGUAUGCAGGUAAAAUUGUAGUUCUAACAUAAUUAUAAAUAGAUAUACCUAUGAAUAUGCUACACUCAUACUUUACCAGUAUGUUUAUUAUUGUAUUGUAUCUAUGCUUAUUUUGAAAUAUUUCGUAUAUACCUAUUUAUGUAUACCUAUUUUCGUAUAUGAUGAUCUAAUAAAUGAAAAGUUUUUUUAAUUAAUUGCGUUUACGAAAUAAUGCCUUAC